AUCGUUAUCGUUAUCCCAGUCGUUAUCGUCAUCGACAAAUUGUAAUCGUAACUCAGCCAGGGCUGCCAAAUUCAUGUCCAACUAAUAUAAAUCAAAUCGCAAAAGAGGUUGAUACUUUUAGUAUUUGUAAAAAAAAAAAGGAACCUCGAUGUUUUUCUCGCAAUUUUAUUUAAAAAAAAGUCACAUUUGUCUGGAAAAAGCCUGAAUUAGCAGCACUGAUUUCAAUUAAAAUAGGAACGAGCCGGACGCAACACACUGUCAUCUCCGCGUUGAUAAACAUUGAACGCAAUUUUUGUUUAUUAUUCAAAGUUGCAUAAAAAACAGCAAACAUGGGUAAACGACAGCAUCAAAAGGAUAAAAUGUAUCUUACAUACACCGAGUGGAGCGAGUUCUACGGCGGAAAAAAAGUGGAAUCCUUGGAGAAUGAGCACAUUAAGUUCAAACGUCUGCCUUUUGAGCACUGCUGCAUUACCAUGGCGCCUUUCGAGAUGCCCUACAGUGAUCUGGAGGGCAAUGUGUUUGAGUACGAGGCCAUUCUCAGGUUUCUAAAAGCUUUUAAAGUGAAUCCCAUAACAGGAAAGAAAAUGGAUUCAAAAUUAUUGAUUAAACUGCAGUUUCACAAGAACGCCAACGAUGAGUAUCACUGUCCCGCGCUGUUUAAGCCAUUCAGCAAGAAUUCACAUAUUGUAGCCGUUGGGACUACCGGCAACGUUUACUGCUGGGAGGCCAUCGAGCAACUGAACAUCAAAACGAAGAACUGGAAAGAUCUUAUUGACGAUACGCCAUUUGUACGCAAGGAUAUUAUAACCAUACAAGAUCCCCAACACUUGGAGAAAUAUGAUAUAUCCAAGUUCUAUCACAUCAAAAAGAAUCUACGUGUGCGCACAGAGGAAGAAGAGCUGGAGCGCAAAGAUCCGCGUGGUCGAAUCAAGACUAUGAAUAUGGAGACUAAAGAAACACUCGAGCAGCUGCAGAAGGACUACCAGCCUGCAGAGGAGGCGCCCACCAGUUCAAAGCAGUCAGCUGACAAGUUCAACGCUGCUCACUACUCAACGGGCGCCGUUGCAGCCAGCUUUACCUCCACAGCCAUGAUGCCUGUAUCACAAAGUGAAGCUGCCAUUAUAGACGAGGAUUUGGUCAAGUACGAGCGCGUCAAGAAAAAGGGAUACGUGCGACUGAACACCAACUUUGGUCCACUCAAUCUGGAGCUCUACUGCGACCAAGUGCCGCGUGCCUGUGACAAUUUUAUCAAACACUGCGCCGACGGCUACUACAAUGGUGUACUCUUCCACCGCUCCAUUAGAAAUUUUAUAAUACAAGGUGGUGAUCCAACUGGCACCGGCGCUGGUGGCAAGUCCAUUUGGGGCAAGACGUUUGAAGAUGAAUUCAAGCCAAAUUUAACGCACACUGGACGCGGAGUACUCUCCAUGGCGAAUUCUGGACCCAAUACAAAUGGAUCUCAAUUUUUCAUCACCUAUCGAUCCUGCAAGCAGCUUGAUGGCAAACAUUCCAUCUUUGGAAAGCUGGUUGGUGGUCUAGACUCACUGCAAAAAAUGGAAAACAUUGAGGUGGAUAAUAAGGACAGACCCAUUGAGGACAUUAUCAUCGAAAGCUCCCAGGUGUUUGUAAAUCCCUUUGAAGAAGCCGUUGAGCAGUUGGCUAAAGAACGCGCUGAAGAAGCAAUCAGUAAGCAGCAGGAGGCCACAAAACUGGAGCAACAAAAACGGGCAAAUCAACCGCUUAAAGUAUAUCGUGAUGGUGUAGGGAAAUAUUUAAAGUUAAAUGCACCUCAAAAGACGGAAACGACAACAGCAUCUGUCGCCAAAAAGAAAAAACUAGCGGGCGGAUUUGGUGAUUUUUCUAGCUGGUAAUGAACUUGUAAUUAAACUGUAAAAAAAAUAUCUUCAUAUUG